GGCUUUCUGAAACUACAAAAGCAACAGGAAGGCUGUCUAGGGCUGCGGCGCCCCGCGGGGGGCUCUGCCCGCGUGGCGCCUGUGCGCAUGGGGCGCGGGGGCACGUGCGCGUAUGCGCGUGGGGCGCGGGGUGUGUGCCCGCGCCGUGCCCCCCGCGUGCUGCCGGGCGUGAGUCACCGCGGGGCUCGCCUUUAUAACUGCCGUCAGGCUCGCGGCUCGGCAGAGCAACCCGGCCACGAGUCCCCAACGUCCCUGAUCGCGUGUCCCAACCGCCGCCGUGUCCCCGGGGCACCAUGGGGGGCCCGCGCUGUGCCCCGCUACUGCUACUCCUGCUGCUGCCGCCCUUGUUCACGCCGCCCGCCGGGGAUGCUGCGGUCAUCACCGGGGCUUGCGACAAGGACUCACAAUGUGGAGGAGGCAUGUGCUGCGCUGUCAGUAUCUGGGUUAAGAGCAUAAGGAUCUGCACACCCAUGGGCCAAGUGGGAGACAGCUGCCACCCUCUGACUCGGAAAAGCCAUGUCGCAAAUGGAAGGCAGGAAAGAAGAAGGGCGAAGAGAAGAAAAAAGAAAAAGGAGGUUCCAUUUUGGGGGCGGAGAAUGCAUCACACGUGUCCCUGCCUGCCAGGCUUGGCGUGUUUACGAACCUCUUUCAACCGGUUUAUCUGUUUGGCCCGGAAGUGAUGACUUUGAAGUAGGAAGUUGAAGUGUGAACCUCCGCUGCACAGUGUCUGUCAAGUCUCACUUGUGAUUGUGUCAAACAAAGAAAGAAACGCUCUCGCUUCCUCAACUUCCCAAGUAACAUUCCGAAGUGACUUUUAUUUAUUUAUUUUUUUGAAGGAGAGUUUUGAUUUUUGGAUAGAUAUGUAAAGGGCAAAGCGUUCUGGAAUGUCUUCUCAUUUUCCUGUUUAUGUUUUGGUUUGACAUGUUUGGAAUGGCAACAACAAGCAUUUUAACGAAUGGGAGAAUAAGAGUAGGUAUUUUUUAUUGCAGAAACUUUUUUUUUUCCUACUGGGUGCAUAGACACUCCCUCACUCUUCAAAGACCGAUGGCCCUCAGCUUAGCCUAGUGUUCUAAAGUGGGGUCUCGGCAACCCUGGCUAGCUGGUAGACUCACUGAAGAGGCUCAGUCAGCUAGCUCUAUACUUCUUGGGUGGCAAGAAGGUGCAUUUUGAACCAGGACACUCCAGACAGCUCACCAGGAGUAGGAAGUUGGGAGUGCUUCUGGAAGUUCCCUGCACCCAUCUGGUCCAAUGGGUUUCCGGUUUCAGUUCUACUGUCUGAAUGGGAGGACAAAAUUAAUGGGACACUGAAAGUGUGUGGUCCGUCUUUAUAGAUUUUGUUUAAGCAAAAGACAUUUUCUCUCUAAUGGAAUAUUAUACUUUCUUUUUCUUUUUUCUUUCUUUCUUUCUUUCUUUUUUUUUUUUUUUUUUUUUUUUUUUUUUUUUUUAUCUUCUUGGUGGGGACAUUCAAAGAAUGCCACUUAAGGAAAAAGCAUUGAUUUUCAUCUGGUGUGACAGAAGUCAUCAUUUAAAAAUUGGUGUUAAGUUAUAAUUUAAACUUUUAUUUGUAACCCAAAGGUCUAUUAUAAUGGAUUUCCUGAUAUCUUGCCAUUUGUACUGGUAUCAAUAUUUCUAUGUAAAAAAUUCUGUAUCAGAAUAAUGACAAUACUGUAUAUCCUUUGAUUUAUUUUGAUAUUAUAUCCUUAUUUUUGUCA